AUGGAAAAGAAGCGGGCAGAAAGUCCUACUGACUGUUCAAAAGCGCGUGAGGUGUAUUUGAGGGUAGUCUUUUUGAAAAUUGGUGAAAUAGAUACAGUUCAGGAAUCGUAUCAAGCUGAUGUUAUUGUUCAAGCGAAAUGGAGGGAGAUGUCGCUUGACCAUAGCACAUUUAAGGAUUUAGAUGUAAUUACUUCGCCCAAUCUGUGGAAACCAAAACUUCAAAUACAGAAUAUUAUGAAGGAUGGUAAAAGUCGUAUUUCAACAGAAGUAGAAUUCAAUGAAAAACGUGAAGCCUUUAUUAUUGAAAGCAGAAGAAUACAUGGUAUAUUUUCAGAACAUCUGGAGCUUUACAAUUUUCCUUUUGAUAUUCAGGAUUUGUCCUUAUUGAUUACAUCGGAAUUGCGAGAUACUGAGAUAAUCUUAUUGGAAGAUGAAAGACAAUUAAGCCGGAUUAAUCCAUUGGGAUUUGUUGAUGUUCAGGAAUGGAAACUACGAGAGUUUAUUAAGACAACUAAAGACGUUAACACCUUUCAUGAAAUAUUUUUUCGUAAAAAGAAGUAUCCAACUUUAACGUUUAAUUUCGCCGCAGUCAGAAGGCCUGGAUUUUUUAUCUGGAAUAUUAUGUUUAUAAUGGCCUUAAUAACGUCCCUGUCUUUAACAACAUUCGCUGUAAACACCAGUCUUCCUCAACAUCGACUACAAAUGACAUUUACUUUACUAUUAACAGCCGUAGCCUUUAAAUUUGUGGUAGCACAGUCUUUACCUAAAAUACCGUAUUUAACCUAUCUGGAUAUCCAUAUAUUAGGCUGUAUGAUUAUGCUGUAUCUUGUGUGUGUGUGGCAUGGUAUAGUUACUCUUAUGGGUAGCUUGACUAUAUUACCAACGUUAGACAUAGUAGCUGUAGUAGUAUUUGGUUUAAUAUUUAUUUCAUUUCAUGUAAUCUUUGGUAUUAUAGUAUACUUCACGACUAGGGCUAGAAUGAAGGAAAUUUACUAUGCUGAACGUGUUUAUAAGGAAAAAGCUUUAAGUGUAUAUGGAGAAUCAUACACGAAGCUAAAAAGAAAACCACUGCGAAGAAACUUCAGAAAUUCGAGAGUGACUUCCAGUAUUAUUCCAUGA